AUGAGUUUAGUAUGCAUGGACCUACUAGAGCUACUACAGAGAUUCAAGGACAAAUUCAAUCUCCGAUACUUGACAGUCCUUGCAUGCAAAAUGUUCAAUUACAAGGUGGAUUUGAACUCGCCAUUACUCGAGGGUCGAAACUGCAGUGUGCAUGUGCUGGACGCUUCCUUCAUCGAUCGUGUACCUGCUACUCGCCGACCGACAUUUUUUGCACCAGGUACAGUCACUCAGGAGUGGAACAACCACGCAUAUGGCAUCUUAGCGACUGUGUCCAUCUCCGGAUCUCUCCCUGGGUCCGAUACAAAGUCCAUGUCUGUCGACGAUGGGCCUCUGAACUCUACACAGUUUCGAAAAAGGAGCUCUAAAAUGUCUAUUGAACCUUCCCCAUCGACAGGCACCUAUCGCAAGGCUUCGUCUGGGAUGUCGGUUGAUUCAUUUUCUCCGAAUAUUGCUCGGCAUAGGGCUUCAUCCUGCAUGUCGGUUGACGUUCCUUCUACUUAUCAGAGCCGAGGAUCGUCAGACCAGAUGCUGAUCGAUGAGGUUCAGCACCAUUAUCCUACACAGAACCUCCCACAGCAGGUGUACGGUCACUGUGCUCUUUCAUUUACUACUAUAUCGCCAACCGUGACAUGUUCUCGCAAUACUUCGGUACAUUUCCCACAAGAAGUUGCGCUCACGUCAAGCGUUUUGCCACUCGCAUCUUUUCCAUUACGACAUAUCUCUCUAUCGCAUGAGGAAGUUUCCCCCUGCGGAGAAGCGAAUUUGGCGUCGAUCCCUUUGUCGCGAUCAUUAUCCCUGCAACAUGGGCACGGCCAGGAAAAUCAAGUCCUCUCGCCAAAAACAUCACAACCUAGCCCGAUCACCAGCUCCCUUGCACAUGUUUCUGGUCGUUCGGAAUUCUCAUCAGCUGCAUCUCCCGGAACAUUCUCCCCCAAACAUGGGAUUCUAGCUUCAUGGGAAGGGAAAAGAUCGUCCCACACGAGUUCAGAUGCUGUUCAUUGUCAAUCACCUGCCAGUAGAGGUCGUAUUCGUGCGCGAGAAUCAUCUUCAGGAGACAAUGCUAGUUAUAAGCGUUGUUGUAUCCGACAAGAUAGCCAACCUAUUGUUCUUCUCUCCAUCGAUUCUCGUUCAGCACGCGGCACAUCUCCGCAAUCGCCUCAUUCGCUCUCCCCUAUCAAUGAGGCUUGGCUCUUGCCUAUGGAUAAGCAACUGGAAAUGGCCCGCGAGUUACAGCUGAAAGCCAGGUUCAGGAAAUUCAAAGCUAUCAUCGGUGGGGCUGUCGACGAAAUGGAGGUAAUUGUGCCUGAUCAUAAGGACCACCGACAGCGUAAAAUCGCACGCACGAACACGAACUCGGAGCCUUUUUCAGGGAUUCCAGACUACCUGAGAUCUUUAGAGCGUUACAAUCCACCAAAAACCACACAUGCAUCCCGAUUCCAACCCCGGACGUCAUUUGACAUUGGGAAGGAUAUUGACCAUAUCGCUCAAACCUGGACGAAGCUCGCGCUGUGCGAUUCUCCAACGGCAUUGCGAGGGGAUGCCAGUGAUGGACUCCUUAAGGGCGAAGUACCCUAUCUUUCUUUAUCCCCCCCAAGAAUCAACGAGCCUCCCACGAGCCAAAGCAGAUCACUAUCCGUUCGUAGAAAUGCAGGUCUUGGCGCAGUCACACAGUUCCAGAAUGAUGAUGAAGUCGAGAUAUACAUGGGAGAUGCUGUGAACUUGGCCGCUCCCACGUUUCGCCGACGCAGGACUGCCAAUGCCUUCGAUGCCAGAGUGGCAAUACCUCGACUUCCUAAUAAUUACUGUUCCCAGGGUGAAGAUAGUUGA